AUGCUCAGUAGAGUGAAAUUUUUGCCUAGAUUUCGCCCAUUGACCCCUAUAAUUUCCAGAUUUGCCAUGUCCUCCGUUCCAUAUCAACAGCCAGCUCACAAGUUGACCAUGAUUCCUGGUCCUAUAGAGUUUUCUGAUGAAGUGUUGUACGCCAUGUCCACUCCUUCUCAAGCUCAUACUUCGCCCGAAUUCGUUGCAACUUUCCAAGAAGUGUUGAAGGGGCUCCGUAAGCUCUUCAAGUCUUCGGAUCCAAACUCGCAGGGUUAUGUCCUUGCUGGAUCCGGUACUUUGGGAUGGGAUGUUGCUGGUGCCAAUUUGGUCAAUCCCGGUGAUAACGUAUUGGUACUUUCCACUGGUUUUUUUUCCGAUUCUUUUGCUGAAUGUUUGAAAGUAUACGGAGCCAAUGUCGAUGUACUCACUGCUGACAUUGGAGAUGUUGUUCCCAUUGAAAAAGUGACGGAGCAAUUGUCGAAGAAGAACUAUACCGCAGUAACGGUUACCCAUGUCGACACCUCCACUUCUGUUGUUUCCGAUGUUAAGACUGUUCUGGACGCCGUGAAGAAUGCUUCACCAGAAACUUUGCUUUUUGUGGAUGGUGUUUGUUCCAUUGGUGUUGAAGAUCUCGAGUUCGACAAAUGGGGAGUGGAUUUUGCUCUCACUGCCUCUCAAAAAGCCAUUGGUGUGCCCGCAGGCUUGUCCAUCUUCUACGCCUCGGAACGUGCUGUCAACAAGGCAUUGAACCGUGAAAAAGAUACCACUUUCUUUGCGUCGUUGAAAAGAUGGACCCCGAUCAUGAAGGCAUAUGAAAGCGGUAGCGGUGCCUAUUUCGCUACUCCUGCUGUGCAGACCAUCACCGCAUUGAAGGUAUCCUUGCAGUCCAUCUUUGGUGAGUCUUUGGAUUCCAGAAUUCAGAAAAAUGCUGAAGCUUCUGCCAAAUUCAAGCAACAUAUGCAAAAAUUGGGAUUGAAAAUCUUACCCAAAUCCGACGCUGUUGCUGCCCAUGGCUUGACCGCCGUCUACUUUCCCGAUGGCAUUGACGGACCCGGCUUUCUUGGAAAGUUGGCUGCAAAAGGCUUUACUGUUGCUGGAGGAAUUCACAAAGCAUUGCCUGGAAAGUACUUUCGUGUGGGCCACAUGGGUCACUCCGUUGAUGCUGGACAUGUGGAAAAGGUAGCCGAUGCCAUUGAAGAGGCGCUCAAGGAGAGCGGAUACAAGCAGUAG